CUUGGAGCCUUGGGCUUUAUGUGGAUACUGGAGAACUGAAUGCUGGUUGUUAGGCUCUGCAGGCAAGUGCCUUCACUGCCAAGCCAUCUCUCCAGCUCCCCUGUCACAGCUUUUUAAAGACCAGUGAAUGCCUCCAGGAUGACCUGCACUGCCCCAGGCACAAAGGCCUCCACCAUGAAUGUGAGGUGGCCGUCCUGCUUCCGUCCUCUGGUGGGGAUCUGCGCCCUCAUUUCCUUGGCCAUUGCUGCCUUCCUGGGACACUUCCUGCUCCAUGACCUAGCUCUGGUCCCACGAGAGCUGCACGCUCCCCUUGAAAGCUUGGAGACACCCAGCACCCACUCUCAGAGAGCCAGGGAGCCAGAGCCUCGGCUCAGCCAGGAGCGCACAGAGUGGCCCAGGCCGUGUGACGUCCCCCCCAGCAGCCGCUUUGACUGUGCCCCAGACAAGGCCAUCACCCAGGAGCAGUGUGAGGCCCGGGGCUGCUGCUACAUCCCAGCCAGGCAGGGAACGCAGGGCCCCCUGACAGGGCAGCCCUGGUGUUUCUUCCCACCCGGAUAUCCCAGCUACCGGCUAGAGAACUUGAGCUCCUCGGAAACAGGCUACACGGCCACCCUAACAAGAACCACCGCCACCUUCUUCCCCAAGGAUGUACUGACGCUGCGGCUGGACGUGGCCAUGGAGACGGAGAGCCGCCUCCACGUCACGAUCAAAGAUCCUGCUAACAAGCGCUAUGAGGUGCCCUUGGAGACCCCGAGUGUCCAGAGCCGAGUGCCGUCCCCACUCUAUAGCGUGGAGUUCUCAGAGGAUCCCUUUGGGGUGGUUGUGCGCCGGAAGCUAGAUGGCCGGGUGCUGCUGAAUACGACCGUGGCCCCCCUGUUCUUUGCUGACCAGUUCCUGCAGCUGUCCACCUCGCUGCCCUCCCAGUACAUCACAGGCCUUGCGGAGCACCUCAGCCCCCUGAUGCUCAGCACCAGCUGGAGCCGCGUCACCCUCUGGAACCGUGACCUGGCGCCUACGCCCGGAGCCAACCUCUACGGGUCACACCCUUUCUACCUAGCACUGGAGGAUGGCGGCUUGGCUCAUGGUGUCUUCCUGCUAAACAGCAACGCCAUGGAUGUGACCUUGCAGCCCGGGCCAGCCCUCACGUGGAGGUCAACAGGCGGGAUCCUGGAUGUGUAUCUCUUCUUGGGCCCAGAGCCCAAGAGUGUGGUGCGGCAGUACCUGGAUGUCGUGGGGUACCCCUUCAUGCCACCCUACUGGGGCCUGGGCUUCCACCUCUGCCGCUGGGGCUACUCCUCCACGGCUGUCAUCCGCCAGGUGGUGGAGAACAUGACCAAGGCUCACUUCCCCUUGGACGUGCAGUGGAACGACCUGGACUACAUGGACGCCGGCCGGGACUUCACCUUCAACCUGGACGGCUUCGCGGACUUCCCAGACACCGUGCGCCAGCUCCAGCGGGGCGGGCGGCACUACGUGAUGAUCGUGGACCCGGCCAUCAGCAGCUCUGGCCCUGCUGGGAGUUACAGGCCCUACGAUGAGGGUCUGCGGAGAGGGGUUUUCAUCACCAACGAAACCGGGCAGCCGCUGAUUGGAAAGGUUUGGCCAGGAUCCACUGCCUUCCCCGACUUCACCAACCCUGAGACCCUUGACUGGUGGCAGGACAUGGUGGCUGAGUUCCACGCCCAGGUGCCCUUUGAUGGCAUGUGGAUCGACAUGAAUGAACCAUCAAACUUCGUAAGAGGCUCUGAGCAGGGCUGCCCCGACAACGAGCUGGAAAACCCCCCUUACGUGCCUGGGGUGAUUGGUGGGACCUUGCAGGCAGCCACCAUCUGUGCCUCCAGCCACCAGUUCCUCUCCACGCACUACAACCUCCACAACCUGUACGGCCUGACGGAAGCUAUUGCCUCCACCAGGGCCCUGGUGAAGGCCCGAGGAGCACGACCCUUUGUGAUCUCCCGUUCAACGUUCGCUGGCCAUGGCCGAUACGCUGGCCACUGGACGGGGGAUGUAUGGAGCAGCUGGGAGCAGCUUGCCUACUCUGUGCCAGAAAUCCUGCAGUUUAACCUGCUGGGGGUGCCCCUGGUCGGGGCGGACAUUUGCGGCUUCCUGGGCAACACGUCAGAGGAGCUGUGCGUGCGCUGGACCCAGCUGGGGGCUUUCUACCCGUUCAUGCGAAACCACAACGACCUGCACAGCCUGCCUCAGGAGCCAUACAGGUUCAGCGAGCCGGCACAGCAGGCCAUGAGGAAGGCCUUUGCCCUGCGCUAUGCCCUGCUGCCCUUUCUCUACACGCUCUUCCAUGGUGCCCACACCAGGGGGGACACGGUGGCCCGGCCCCUCUUCCUAGAGUUCCCCGAGGACCCCCACACCUGGGCAGUGGACCGCCAGCUCCUGUGGGGGGAGCCCUUGCUCAUCACACCCGUGCUGGAGCCUGGGAAAACUGAAGUGACUGGCUACUUCCCCGCGGGCACAUGGUACAACCUGCAGACGGUGCCUGUGGAGGCCCUUGGCAGCCUCCCUCCUCCACCUCCAGCGCCCCUCAGCUCUGCCAUCCACAGUGAGGGGCAGUGGGUGACGCUGCCGGCCCCACUGGACAGCAUCAACGUCCACCUGCGGGCAGGGUACAUCGUGCCCCUGCAGGGCCCUGGCCUCACAACCACGGAGUCCCGUAAGCAGCCCAUGGCCCUGGUAGUGGCCCUGACAGCAGGUGGUGAGGCCCAUGGGGAGCUGUUCUGGGAUGACGGGGAGAGCUUGGGAGUGCUGGAGCAUGGGGCCUACACACAGAUCACCUUCCUAGCCAAGAACAAUACCAUUGUGAACGAGUUGGCACACGUGACUACGGAAGGGGAGAGCCUGCAGCUGAGGAAGGUGACCGUCUUGGGUGUGGCCACAGCCCCCAACCAGGUCCUCUCCAAUGGCGUCCCUAUCUCCAACUUCACCUACAGCCCUGACAGCAAGAUCCUGGCCAUUCCUGUCUCCCUGUCCAUGGGGAAGCAGUUUCGCAUUGAUUGGUCCUAGUAGGCCACACUCAUGUUUACAGAGUUGGCAUCCAGUGGAGAGCCUUGUGCAGGCCUUGUGGGUGGUGAUGCUCCUGGGGCCUGGUCUCCUGACACACCUGUGGGCUUGUCUCCCCGUAUCCCACUGUUCUCGGGCUUGGUGAUGCCCUUGAGAACAAGAAGGUUUGCAGUGUGGUAGAGUGAGGUUUGCCCUUCUCCAUGUGAGGCAGCGUCAACCACAGCAGCAGUCUGACACCGGAGGUGGAGCUGGGGGUGGGACAUUGUGCCUGCACCAAAGUCCCACCACACCUACAGCCACUGCCACUGGGACCCAACAAAGAGACUGGGCUGGUGGUGCCACUGACUUUGUAGGACUUGAAAAACUUACUGUGAAGUGCACUUACUUGUAAUAAAAAGGGCAUUUGUAACCAG